AUGGCCUGCUGCUCCACUAGCUUCUGUGGAUUUCCCACCUGCUCCACCAGUGGGAACUGUGGCUCCAGCUGCUGCCAGCCCAACUGCUGCCAGGACAGCUGCUGCCAGCCCAGCUGCUGCCAGACCAGCUGCUGCCAGCCCAGCUGCUGCCAGAACAGCUGCUGCCAGAACAGCUGCUGCGGGACCGGCUGUGGCACUGGUGGCGGCCAGGAGGGUGGCUGCGGAGCCGUGAGCUGCCGCGUCAGGUGGUGCCGCCCUGACUGCCGCGUGGAGGACACCUGCCUGCCCCCCUGCUGUGUGGUGAGCUGCAUACCCCCCACCUGCUGCCAGCUGCACCACGCCCAGGCCUCCUGCUGCCGCCCGUCCUACUGUGGACAGUCCUGCUGCCGCCCUGCCUGCUGCUGCUACUGCUGCCAGCCCAGCUGCUGCCAGCCCACCUGCUGUGAGCCCACCUCCUGCCAGUCCACCUGUUGA